CCACUGGGAGGGUCGCUUGGUCAGCCGGUCCCUUCUUUGCAGAGACCAGAGUUGCGUGGAGUCACGGCGGUGAAGACAGCUCACCCAGAGACUGAGGACUCUCUGAAGAUCUUGUACUUGUGUGCAGAACAAGGAUGCGUGAAAUCGUACACAUUCAGAUCGGCCAGUGUGGUAACCAGAUCGGGGCCAAGUUCUGGGAGGUGAUUGGCGAGGAGCAUGGUAUCGAUGUGGCUGGGAGCUACCGUGGGGACAGUGCCCUGCAGCUGGAGAGAAUCAGCGUGUACUACAACGAGGCCCAAGGUAAGAAGUACGUGCCCCGAGCAGUCUUGGUGGACCUGGAACCUGGGACCAUGGACAGCAUCCGAUCCAGCCGACUAGGAGCCCUCUUCCAACCAGACAGCUUUGUCCACAGUAACUCCGGGGCCGGCAACAACUGGGCCAAGGGCCACUACACGGAGGGGGCCGAGCUGGUGGAGAGCGUGCUGGACGUGGUGCGGGGCGAGGCCGAGGGCUGCGACUGCCUGCAGGGCUUCCAGAUCGUGCACUCGCUGGGCGGGGGCACGGGCUCGGGCAUGGGCACGCUGCUGAUGAACAAGAUCCGCGAGGAGUACCCCGACCGCAUCCUCAACUCCUUCAGCGUCAUGCCCUCCCCCAAGGUGUCGGACACGGUGGUGGAGCCGUACAACGCGGUGCUGUCCAUCCACCAGCUGCUGGAGAACGCCGACGCCUGCUUCUGCAUCGACAACGAGGCGCUCUACGACAUCUGCUUCCGCACCCUGAGGCUGACCACGCCCACCUACGGGGACCUCAACCACCUGGUGUCCCUGACCAUGAGCGGGGUCACCACCUCGCUGCGCUUCCCGGGCCAGCUCAACGCCGACCUGCGCAAGCUGGCCGUGAACAUGGUGCCCUUCCCGCGCCUGCACUUCUUCAUGCCCGGCUUCGCGCCGCUCACCGCCCAGAGCAGCCAGCAGUACCGCGCGCUGUCGGUGGCCGAGCUCACCCAGCAGAUGUUCGAUGCCCGCAACACCAUGGCCGCCUGCGACCCGCGCCGCGGCCGCUACCUGACCGUGGCCUGCAUCUUCCGGGGGAAGAUGUCCACCAAGGAGGUGGACGACCAGCUGCUCUCCGUGCAGACCAAGAACAGCGGCUGCUUCGUGGAGUGGAUCCCCAACAACGUCAAGGUGGCCGUCUGCGACAUCCCGCCCCGGGGGCUGAACAUGGCCGCCACCUUCAUUGGCAACAACACGGCCAUCCAGGAGCUGUUCACCAGGGUCUCGGAGCACUUCUCGGCCAUGUUCAAGAGGAAGGCUUUCGUGCACUGGUACACGGGCGAGGGGAUGGACGUCAAUGAAUUCGUGGAAGCUGAAAGCAAUGUCCAUGAUCUGGUGUCCGAGUACCAACAGUUUCAAGACACCAAAGUGGUUCUGGAGGAGAACGAAGAGGUGGUGGCCGAGGCAGACCAGGAACUAGAAGGUCAGGGACAUUAACCAGAGAGAAGCUGUGUGAGUGUCGGCUGUGGCGUGGUCACCUCCAGAGCAGUUUCUCUCAAGUCUUAAGAGGAGCAUUUCCCUGCAGUAAAGCCAAAGCGAUUCUGCACUGCAGCCCAGCGAGCCACAGCAGCGACAGCAGCCACCCAGUAUGCGCUUUGACACAGCACCACGGGGCUGGGUGUGGGGUGGGGGGAAGUGAGUAACUGAUGGGCAUUAGGGUCUUUGGCUGGCAUUUACUAACCUUGAAGAGUUUGCUCUUCAAUGCACACUCUAGUCACUUGUUUUUAACAGCCAAGUGAAUUCACCGUUUGUUUAAAGGUCGGGAGGGGGGAGUUCUGUACGCCUAGCAUGCAGCCAGGCAUCAAGACUGCACACGUGCACACGCGGGGAGGGCGCCCACUGCCCUUGCCUUUAGGUUGUAAACGUGUUAGCGCCCUGGUGAGCGCUCCGGAGUCUGUUCUUGG